CUUGAGGAUGAGUAGCAGUCAAGUAUUAGAAUGGGCAAGUCUUCCUCUGCCCGUUCUCUUUUUGGUUUUGGAUAGGUUGGUAGAACCCAUUGACCAUAUUCGAUUUGCUGCUGUUUGCAAAGAAUAGUGUGUUCUUGCAAAAGAAUACAAUCACAAAACGCAGCGUUGGCGUAAGCUACUCCCCAUGCUCCUGGUUCCAACAGAAUGUGAAGGAAAGCGAAAACUGUACAGCUUCCCUGCAGGAAAAAUCUACGACAUUGAAUUGCCAGUGCCUUGUAAUAGUAAGAGGUAUUGUGAUUCUAGCUAUGGCCAUGGUUGGUUGGCGACAAUGGAUGUGUUAGAUAGAGGUGGAUUGACUAUAACUCUGGUGAACCCUUUCAGAAAAGCAGAGGCGCCCAUUCGUCUCCCUCGCUUGGAUUUCAAAGUCCUACGUAAGUACUGCGAGGUUUGCCUCCCGAAGAUUAUCUUAUCUGAGGAUCCCACAUUGAAUCCAGACAGUUAUGUGGUUGUAGCAAUUUACAAACAUGUUUCUGAGUUGGCUUUCACUAAAGGAGGACAAAAGUUUUGGAUUUACAGCAAGCGUUUAAGAGGGUGCUUGCUUACUGAUGCUAUAUUUCAUAAAAGCCAAGUCUUUGCAGUUGGAAAGUGGGGAAACAUUCUUUCCUUUGAUAUCAAUAGCAAGCCAAUAGAAGCAAAGAUUCUUAACCCACAAGAAUGUCCGUUCUCACGUUAUGCUGAUAAAGCUUAUCUUGUGGAAUCAACCAAUGGAGACUUGUUGCAUGUUCGAAAAUUUUUGAAAGAUGUUGACGGAGAUGCCUACCAUGAAGAGUUUUGGACUGAGAGAUUCAUGGUUUACAAGUUGGUGUUCAAUGAGAGGGAUGGAUCCGUUGUGCAGCAUGUUGAAAUAAAAAGUAUUGGGGAUGAGGUUAUGUUCCUGGGUGACGAUUAUUGUAUCUCUGUUUUGGCUUCAAACUUUCCUGGGUGCCAACCCAAUUCCAUAUAUUACAUGGAUGAUUGUACAAAAUUGGGAGGAGCACGUGUACCUGAUACUGAUAGCGAUAGCAGACCGAGUGUUAUAGGCAUUUUCAAUUUAGAGGAUGAAACCAUCACACGACAUUACUCUCUAAACAUUUCACCCGCACUUUGGAUUGUACCCCUGUUUAAUGGACUCUGCUAACUUCUUCAAGUUCAGCUAAUUACAAUUGCACUUGUUCUCCAAAGGCCACCAAGACAACUCUUUGUUUCUGCUGCCUGAGAGUGUUGGUUUACUGGGAAGGGGCAGAUGUAAUGGCUCCAGAUGUUGUUCGCUGUUCUUCCUCCCUCCUAUUUUGACAAUCAUCUUUUGUUUGAAUCUUGUGCUGUGCUGGUGGAAUAUAUGUUGUGGUCAAAAUUAAUUGAGGUCCAGUUUGGUGAAGCUUGAAGAGGGAGAGAGAGAAAUAUAUUUUGAAUUAGAUCGAAGAUGCUGGAAAAGGAUUGGUAUUUGUAUGUGCGAACAAGUGAUUGUUGUGCUGCCUAAAUACUAGUAAAUUUAUGUGUGAUCAGUUGAACAAGUAUGAUACUGCGGCUGCUGCAAGUUUUUCAAACUCAAAUCUCUCCUGGAUUGGAUAGAUUAGUUCUGUGUUUGUGUUUGGUAACUGCCUCGUCAACCUCAUGCCAAGAUGGUAUUUCCUCACUUUUCGGUAUUAGAAAAGACCAAAGCUUGCAAUUUAGGUUCUGGGUUUCAAGUAUGUGAUACUACAGAGACUCUGGAUGAUUGUCAAAGAAAGGGUUGAUUCUACUUUGGUGGACAACCACAUGGAAGGCUAUAUGACACUUGAAGCGGGUUCUGCUGGUUUUCAAGAUUCAAUGCAAGCAGCGACGUCAGUUCCUGAAUCUGAAUGCAAGAAAGGUUUGCUUGCUUCUCCAUCUACGUUUGUUACCAUUAUUGGUAGGGUCCGAGUCGAUUUUUUCCGUUGAGAAGACUAAAAGGUUUCAGUCUUUCAAGAGUCUUGAUCAGAAAGGCUUUGAAAAUUUGGGUUUUGUGGCUCUUGCUUCAUGUGUCGCAGAAGAGUCCAGAGGAAAACAUUGGAGACACAUUUGGCUUUAUCGGCUGUUGUGGGAGGCAGAAUAGGAGUCUCAGGGGAGGUGGUGGGAGAGAAUAGGAAGUACCAAUUUUUAAUGAGAAACCAAAUACGAGUGGAGAUAGAGAGAAGUACUGGAAUAGUGAUAUAGAAAUAAACAUUUUACUAGUUGACUAAACAAAUUAUACCAAUCUCAAAAGUAUAUUUAUUUG